GCCCUUUGAUAAUUGAUAUACAAUGUCAUUGCCCACUCUUACUUUGUUUUUUUAUAGUGUUACAACAUAGAUUACUCAUUCCGUCUCAAAUUACAUGUUUUAUUUUAGUCUUUUACAAUCUUGAACACCUGUAAUUGACUGAAAUAUCAGUUACUACGAGUCUAGGAUAAAGCUUCAAAACCGAAGUUGAUAGGUAGCAUAAGCUUCAAAACAAAUAGUUGAAACAUCAAAUAGAAAUUUGGCAAUCAAAAUGUCACAAAACAAAGACACCCAAAUUCUAAACGUUGCAUUUUACCCAUGGUUUGCACUAGGCCACCUUACUUCUUUUCUCCGCUUAGCCAACAAACUAGCCGAAAGAGGUCACAAAGUCUCCUAUUUUAUCCCACCAAAAACACGAUCAAAGUUAGCUUCUCACAACCACUACCCAACCCACCUUACCUUCAUCCCCAUCCCCGUCCCACCGGUCGAAGGCCUCCCUCCCGGGGCCGAGACAACCAACGAUGUACCCGCCUCAUCCGGCCCACUCAUCAUGAACGCCAUGGACAUGACACGUGACACCAUCGAGACCCAUCUAGUCCGACUCAAACCCGAUAUUGUUUUUUACGACUUCACUUGUUGGAUGCCCGAACUAGCCCGAAAACACGGGUUUAAAGCAAUACACUAUAUCACAGCAUACAUAGCAAGAUAUGCAUAUCUUGCACCAUACAAAAAAAUACCAGGGUAUCACCCUAAUGCGAAUGAUCUAUUAACACCACCACCAGAGUUUCCGUCUCAAUCAAUCAGGAUGCUCCCCCAAGAGGCCGAGAUCAUGGCGGGUGCCGGUAAGACGCCAUUUGGUCUAGGGGGACUAACACUGGCUGAGAGGCUAGGUGUUUCGUUUCGAGAAUGCGACGCAUUCGGGGUUAAGACUUGUACGGAGAUGGAAGGGGAGUAUUGUAAGUUUUUUGAGAAAAUAUUUGGUAAGCCAGUGUUACUAGCAGGGCCAAUGGUGCCUAAAACGCCAUCUUCGAAACUUGAUAAGUAUUUUGAUGAUUGGUUGAAUAGUUUUGGUAAUGCUAGUGUUAUAUAUUGUGCACUUGGAAGUGAAUGUGCUCUGAAAUUGAACCAAUUUCAAGAGCUUGUUCUUGGACUAGAGCUUACAGGUAGGCCAUUUUUGGCAGCCUUAAAGCCACCAAUGAAUUACCAAACAAUAGAAUCAGCAUUACCAGAAGGAUUUGCGGAAAGAACAAAAAGCAGGGGACUUAUUCAUGGUGGUUGGGUGCAACAACAACUCAUCGUACAACAUCCUUCGGUAGGAUGUUUUAUAACACAUUGUGGUGCAGGAUCUCUAUCCGAAGCUAUGGUAAGCGAAUGUCAAGUCGUGUUGAUGCCUCAAGCAAUCGACCAGUUCAUCAGUGCGCGAAUGAUGAGCUUAGAGUGGAAGGUUGGGGUCGAAGUUGAGAAGAGAAAGAAUGAUGGUUUGUUCACCAAGGAGGCCGUCCAUAAGGCGGUCUCCUUGGUGAUGGAAGAAGACAGUGAAGUUGGAAGAGAUGUAAGGGCUAAUCAUGCUAAAUGGAGAGAGUUUAUAUUAACUGAAGGUCUUGAGGAUUCUUAUAUUAGUAGCUUCAUUAUGAGUUUGCAACAAUUGAUUGGAUCAUGAACAUUUGCUUAACUUGUACUUAUAAGCUAGAUUAACUCUAUAUAAGGAAUUGGAUAAAAGUAACUUAUUGUUGGGUGUUGUAUUUCUUAUUAUCAAGGGAAAUUCUCAAUGGUUAUUAGCCUCAUAAUAGUGCAACUUUGAAA